GACAUCGAGUUUACAAUCCAGCAAGGCAAGCUCUACAUGCUGCAGACCCGCACGGGGAAGCGCACGGCCCAUGCAGCCCUGCAGAUUGCGGUGGAUAUGGCGAAUGAGGGGCUAAUUAGCAAAUCCCAGGCUUUGAUGCGCCUCAAGCCGGACUUGAUUGACCAGCUGCUCCACCCAACGCUGGACCCCAAGGCCAAGAAGACCGUCAUUGCCAAGGGCCUCCCGGCUUCGCCAGGUGCAGCCGCUGGGAAGGUAGUCUUUUCGGCCGACGAGGCCGUCACCCGCUCGGAGAACGGCGACAAGGUGAUCCUUGUUCGCAUCGAGACCAGCCCAGACGACAUCCACGGCCUCCAUGCGGCUGAGGGUGUUCUGACGACUCGUGGUGGGAUGACAAGCCACGCAGCUGUGGUGGCACGUGGCAUGGGCCGGCCCUGUGUAGCAGGUGCUGGGGAGGUGAAGGUCAACUAUAGCUCGGCGUCGUUCGAGGUGGGCGAUGUGGUCGUCAGUGAGGGUCAGCUCGUCACCAUUGAUGGUGUCACGGGAGAGGUGAUGCUUGGAGAAGUCCCCACGGUGCCCCCGCAGCUUUCCGGUGCCUUUGGUACCGUCAUGUCCUGGGCGGACGAGUUCCGCACCAUGCAGGUUCGGGCCAAUGCCGAAACGCCGGCAGAUGCGCGCCAGGCAAAGGAGUUUGGCUGCGAAGGCAUCGGCUUGGUGCGCACGGAGCACAUGUUCUUCGAGGGCGGCCGGAUUGUGGCAAUGCGGCAGAUGAUUUUGGCAUCGGACAAGACGGACCGGCAGGCAGCUCUGGACAAGCUUUUGGCUAUGCAGAGGGCAGACAUCGUUGAGUUGUUUCGCAUUAUGGACGGUCUGCCGGUGACGGUCCGUCUACUGGACCCUCCCUUGCAUGAGUUCAUCCCGCACACGGAGGCCGAGAUGGGCCUGGUGGCAAAGGCAGCCGGAGUGCCCUUGGAUCGCGUACGCCGCCGCGCCAGCGAGCUGCAAGAGGCCAACCCCAUGCUUGGCCACCGAGGUUGUCGCCUGGCCAUUACAUAUCCAGAGAUCUGCGAGAUGCAGGCUCGCGCCAUCUUCGAGGCCGCAGCAGAGGUCGGCUGCAGCGCCAAGAAGACCCCAGUGGCCGAGGUCAUGGUACCUUUGGUGUCGACCCUGGAGGAGCUGGUUCAGCUGAAGAAAGUCAUCGAGGCAACGGCCCAGCAGGUUCAGAAGGAGCAGGGGGUGAAUUUCACUUACCGCGAUCCGGCGUCGAUCGAGUUCUGCGAGAAGACAGGGUUGGACUACGUCUCUUGCUCGCCCUUCCGCGUUCCAAUUGCCCGCCUGGCUGCGGCCCAAGCGGCAUUGAAAUCCCAGGGCGAGAAGGCUCUCCAGGCCUCCACAAAGGCAGCCCGCCCCAGGCAGCAACGCUUCGGCCCGUGGUGA